AUGGAUGCCUCCACGAGCAGUGGAAGCCCUUUGGCUCUCUCCAUUUCAGAUGAUGGGAUUUAUACCGCUCAUGUGAAUGGAAAAGACCUUGUCGUUUGUUCCGAGCCAGAGUCCGAGAACAAGGAAGUGCAAGUUGCAAGAAUCCGAGAGAACGGAGUAAAGGCUCUUAAAUUUUUCCGUGCUCAAACUCCAGCUAGAGUCGCCAACGGGGUCGGCGAACAGCGUCUGUUCACCACCAAUGAUUCUCGCAUCUCAAUCUGGCAGCUACAACCCUUGCAGCUGCUUGCUGAGAUUGAAAACGUGGAGCCGGGGUCACUGAAUAUCGAGUUCGGCGGCGAUGAAAGUGAAAUACUUGUAUUCCAUGCAUGGAACACAAAAUUGACCAUCCACUCGGUGGACUCGGGCCGAACAUCAGUGAUCAAGAGUCCCAAAUUCACCCAUAGUCUCGGAUUUGGAUAUCGUCCGUGGACUAAACAACUUGCCAUUUUACUCAAACCUGAAAUUUCUGAUCUCCUUACCAUCCAUGAACCCGAGACUUAUGAGCUCAUAAGCAGAGUGACCCUACCAACUAUCGAUGCCCAGGGUCUGAAAUGGAGCCCGGAUGGAAAAUGGAUUGCUAUAUGGGACGUCGCCAGCGCAGGCACUAAAGUGCUCAUCUUUACAGCCGAUGGGCAGCUUUUCCGAACUUACACUAGUUCAACCGGGUCAGAUGAUGCUUUCGAUCUUGGAGUGAAGCAAAUUGAAUGGGGCCCUGUCACAGAAGGCAGCGGAGUUUCCGAGGUUCUCGCAGUUGGUAAGGUGAACGGUAACAUUGAUUUACUACGAACCCGCACAUUCUCAUCUUCUACGAUCCUUUCCCAUGUUUUUUACACCGAGCAGUAUUCUCCCAGUAUUUGGCGCGAGAGAUUCACCAGUGCUCUUGGUGAUGGGGAAUAUGUCGAGGCGUCCGCUUCAUCGGCAUUCAACAUGAGCCCCGAGUCUGCAGGACCAUCGCGUGGCAUAUCAAUCAUGACUUUCAGCCCUGAUGGGGCUCUCCUAGCCACCGUGGAUUCUAUGCGAUCUAAUGUUGUCUGGAUCUGGGCUUUAGACGACACCACUAGAUUGACUUCUAUACUGGUUCACGAGCAACCAGUUCGACAACUUGUCUGGCAUUCGACAAUCUCACAGCUACUCAUAAAUACGGUUAUGAACAAUCUGCCUUCUAUACGAUGGUGGUCACCCAAGAACCAUCCUGUGAUUGCUCGAAUUUCUACCCAGAGGAACGAAAGUGGAAAAUAUGAAGUGAGGUGGCUGGCCGAGUCUGAUCAUGAUUCCGUAUUCUGGUUUACAUCAUCUGAGGAAGCAGUCCUGGGGUAUUUGGAAUUUGAAAGAAAUCCAGUCCAGUUCAAAAUUCUGAAUUUGGUGACCAGUCAAGGCUACGGUGCCCACGGUGGAAGCUUGAUGAAUUGA